AUGGGAGGAGUAGCAGCUGGGGCAUUUGGCUUAAACAUCAAAAAAAUCUCCUAUGAAGAAAUUGAGCGAGCAACAGCAGGAUUCAGCGACGACAACUUGUUGGGAACGGGAAAUUUUGGAUCCGUAUAUAAAGGGAUUUUGGAUGAUGGCAGUGAAAUUGCUGUGAAGGAUUUUGAUUCAACGAAAAAGAGCGCCUUUAAGAAUUUCAUAGCGGAAUGUAAGGCACUGAGAAAUGUUCGACAUCGAAAUGUGGUUAAAAUUAUAACCACCUGUUCCACCAACACCUUCAAUGGUUUAAUAUUUGAAUUCAUGUGUAAUGGAAGCUUAAAAAGGCAUUUGUAUCAUCCUUCCUGUGAUUUGGGACUGAAGGAACGACUAAACAUAGCUUUAGAUGUAGCUCAUGCCAUCGAAUAUCUUCAUCAUCAGUGCGAUGAGCAAAUAGUGCAUUGUGAUAUAAAACCAAAGUAUGGGAUGAGUGGCAGGGUUUCUACUGCAGGAGAUGUUUAUAGCUAUGGCAUUUUGUUAUUGGAGAUGCUAACAGCAAAGAGGCCCACUAACCCCAUGUUUCAGGGGGAUUUGACCCUCCGCAAGUGGGUGAGUAAUGCAAUUCAAGAUCAAAUGUUUGAUGUAGUCGACCAAAGGUUGGGUGUCGAUGUAAAGUUUGAUGGCAACCCAAAUAUAUUUGCAUUCACGAAUGCAAUUGAAUUGUUAUGA